AACAAUGUUUCCACAGUCUUGUAGCGGUCUUUGGUUGGUAAAGUUUAAUAACAGAUGAUGAGAGUUUCUAUUGGAAUACUUCUAAUAGCUCUGCUGUCGGCCACCGUUUCAGCAGAGGAACCUUUAAGAUUUGAUAAUUAUAAAGUGUUCAAAGUUUUUGUAAAUGAAGAUGGACAAUAUCAAAGUUUAAAAAACAUUGAAAAAACACUUAAAUUGAACUUCUGGAAAGAAAUUCGAUCCCUCGGCGAUGACUGUGAUAUUAUGGUUCCUCCAGAACAAGUCUUGGAUUUUGAGAAGUUCCUGAAAAAAUCUUCAAUGGGAUUCAAUGUAACAAUUGAAAAUGUUCAAGAAUUGAUCGACAAUGAAAAGCCAAAAACUCGUUCAACAGGAAUGGAAUGGACUAAUUACCACACUCUUGAUGAAAUUCACAACUGGAUAGAAAGCCUUGCCAAACGUUUUCCGAAGCAAGUCAGCUUGUUUUCAAUUGGAAAAUCCUUUGAAGGUCGUGAUAUCAAGGGUUUGAAGAUAUCCUACAAAAAGGGAAAUAAAGCCACAUUCAUUGAAGCCAACAUUCAUGCUCGCGAGUGGAUAACGUCAGCUGUUAUAACUUACAUUAUCGAUGAACUUUUGGUCUCAAGACAUCCAGCUGUUCGUGAUAUUGCUGAAAACAUGGAUUGGUAUAUAAUUCCAGUUUUGAAUGUUGAUGGUUUUGUUUAUUCACAUGAAGUGGACCGUAUGUGGCGUAAGAGUCGUCAAAGUCAUGGAAAUAAAUGUGUUGGAACUGAUAUGAACCGUAAUUUCGGAUUUCUUUGGAUGAGUGCUGGUGCUUCUGACGACUCAUGUUCGGAGACCUACGCUGGACCCUAUGCUCAAUCGGAACCGGAAAUCAAUCAGCUAGUUCAAUAUGUUGAAGCUUUGCCUGAUGAUUAUAUCAAAAUCUACAUUUCCCUUCAUUCCUAUGGGCAGUAUGUACUUUCUCCUUGGGGACAUACUGAGGAACUACCCGAAGGCUAUAAAGCCAUGAUGCACGUUGCCAAGGGCUACGCUGAUUCAUUGAAAAGGAGAUACGGAACAGUCUUCACUUAUGGAUCAAGUGCUUUGACUCUAUAUAAAGUUUCAGGAUCUGGUAAGGAAUGGGCCUACGCUGUCAAGGGUAUUCCAAUUCCCUACACAAUCGAACUUCGUGACAAGGGAACUUAUGGAUUUAUUCUACCUCCAGAGCAAAUUCUUCCAACUGCCAAAGAAGUUCUAGAAGGCUUUAUCGGAAUGAUUCAAGCAGCUAGAGAAAUUAAUAUUGUUUGAUAAUAAUAUUUCAGAAAUAAUAAGACUCAUUGAUAUUUUAUUGUU